AUGGAGGACGACGAUUUCGAAGAUCUCUACGGCGACGUGGGCGCGGCAUCCGUCCCCGCGAGCGCCGCCGCCGCUCCCGCAUCCGUGCGAUUGGCGUACGACUACGGGCUGGGCGGCGACGACGACCUCGAGGAUGCCGACGACGAGGCGCUGCUCUACGGCUCGUCGCUUGCCGCACCUCCCGCUCCUGCGAUUCCCGUACCCGCGAAAUCCGAGCCUGUCGACCAGAUCGCACCGCCAUCCUCCACCACCACCUUACCUACUCCGGAGCCUCUUAAGCCUAUUGCUAUAGCCCCGUCGAGUCCACCCCCUCCGGCCGCAUCCGCACCCAAUGGUCGCGAGACCGUGCACGCUACGCCGGUAGCAGCAGCAAUCCCUACCCCUCUCACCUCGCCGCCUGUUUCGCCUGCUGCCACUCGUCCGUCGAAUGCCGGAGAAGCUUAUGACGCGGACGGGGGAGCGGCACCCGGUGAUUCGUCGACGCCAUCGGGGAGAGAUGGAUCGCAGGAGCGCGGGCGCGGCGAGGAGGAGCAAGAGGAGGACGAUGAGGACGAGGAGGAUGCAUUUUACAAUCAGCUGUACGGGGGUGCCAAGGAUCGUGCAGAUGAGGAGGCGGUGGAGGAGCGGGGUUCGAGCCCCAGUGGCGGCAAAGCAGGCGGCAUUGGCGGGGAAAACCGCGCUGAUGAGGGCCAGCGGGCGGAGUUGGGCGCCGACGCCGCUGGGCCGACCUUGAACUCCCAUGACCGUUCUGCCUCCGCCGCCGCUGACGCUGCUGCUGUAUCGAAUGUGCCUGUAGUGGGAGACGUUGAGCGGCAUGACGAAAAGGAAAAGUUUUUUGGGGGAAUGAAAGCGGAGGGGGAAGAGGAUGCGGAAAUGGGGGAGGCGGAGGAAUGGCGGAAGGAUGCGGGCGCAAGGGCGGAAGGUGGUGUGGCCGCGGAGAGUGCAGGGGAAGGUGGCGCAGGGGGGGUUAGGGUUGGGACCGAGGGAGUGGGGGGGGAGCAGGAGGCAGCAGAGGGGAAGGAGGAGGAGGAGGAAGAGGAAGAGGAUUUGGAGAAGUUUCUAUACAGCGCGGAGGGGGACGGUGAUGGUGGGGGAGUAGGUGGCGGUGUCGUUGGCGGAAAGGAAGGCGCGGAGGGCGAGCAGAGCCUGUAUCCCUUCGCGGAGCUCGAGGCGGAAGAGGCGGAAGAGGCGGAAGAGGCGGGGGAAGAUGCGGGGGAGGAGGCGGAGACGUCAAAAGGCGAGCAGGGGAAGGCAGGGGGCGCAGCAGAGGGGCGAGGCGGGGACGAGCGGGUAGCUAUGGACGUUUAUGGGGAUGCGCGCGAAGGGCUUGGGGGACGGGCCGGGGUGGGGGAGGAGGUGGAGGCGGGGAAGCGCGAGGGAGAGGGGGAGGGGUUGGAAGGGGAAGGGGAAAUGAAGGCGGAAGAGGAAAAGGGGGUUGGGGGCGCAGAAGGGAAGGAGGCGGUAGCGGAUGGGGCGGGCGGAGCAGAGGGAGGGGGGGACGAGGAGGAGGAAGAGGAGGAGGAUGAGGAGAGUGAGGAUGAUGAUGACGAUCUGAUCAUCGUGGCCAAUGACCUGGUGCCACCUGUCGGCGAGUGGGACGAGGGCAUGGGGGAGGAGGGCAUGUACGGCAUGGGCGCAGGUGGGGAAUAUGGGGGCAUGCCUGGAGGCGCGGGGGGAGGCCAGGGGGAGGAAGGCGCGGAGGGCGGAGAGGGGGAAGGGGGAGGUGGGGCGGGGGGGCCAGGCACCCCGGCAGUGCAGGGGGGAGGGGGAGCUGGGCGCGGGUACCGAGUGACUCCGCCCUCCAAGGUGUUGCUCCUGUCGGGUCAUUCCCCCAUGGGCAUGGAAGGCACAGGCCUGGGCGCAACGCCCCCCGGCCCCCCUGGUUCCGCCCCUGGCGCGCUUGCAGCAGGGGGAGGGCCAGGGGGAGCUGGCGGGCAGGGGGGAGGGUGGGCAGGAGGCAUGGGGGGACGUAUUGGCGCAGGAGGCGCAGCAAUGGGGGGAGGGGCGGGGCAGCAGGGGCAGUACCAGCAGCAGGGCGGGCAGGGGGGGAGGCCGCCGGCAGUGUGGCAGCAUGGGUCGGGGAGGGGGUAUCACAUAGAGAUUAACCUGCCGCCCACCAAGACGGUGUUUGACCUGGACAUAGACAGCCUGGAGGACAAGCCAUGGCGGCGGCCGGGAGCGGAUGUGAGCGACUACUUCAACUUCGACCUCAACGAGGGCGCAUGGCGCCACUACUGCCACCGCCUCGCGCAGCUGCGGCUGGAGGCGAGCAUGCAGAGCCGCAUCCCCGUGUUUGAGUCGCGCAUGCCCACUGAGGACAUAGACCCAGAGAUGCCGCCCGAGCUGGUGACAGCUGUCACGCACGCCAUGGUCAGCCGCCCGCACGCCGACGCCGUCUUCUUCGUCGAGCGCCGCCCCUCCUGGGAGACCCGCCGCCCGCGUCCCGUGGAUGCUGAUGUCAUCAUCGAGGUGCCAGUGGCGGGGCUGGCCAUGGACGCACCUCCUCCGCACCUCCCUCCCCCCGCUGGCCCCCCUCUCGCCGCCGGCCCCCAUGCUGCUGCUGCUGACGCGCACAGGGGGAUGGGCGCAGGGGGGGUAGGCGGAGGGGGAGGAGCAGGGGGAGGGGCAGCAGCGGGAGGGUCAGUGGGAGGGGGAGGACCUAGUGGCAGUGCAGGGGGGGGAGGUGGGAGGAUGCAGGGGGAGGGGCAGGGAGGCAGGGCGGUAUCAGGGCAGCAGGGCGCACCUGGGGGAGGGCCAGCCAGCUCAGGUGGCACCCCAGCUGUUUCGUCAGGUGCCGCUGCUGCUGCUGGCCCGCCCUCCCGUGCUGCCUCUGUGGAGGGCGCAUCUGGCGCAGUGGCAGGCGGAGCAGGGGGCGGAGGCACAGGGGGACCGCCUGGUGCCCUCCCCCCACCUCCCCCUCUCCCCCGCGGACAGCAUCCCCAGUUCCCCCCCAUGUUCCCAGGGGGACCCGAUGGCAUGGGCAUGGGCGCGGGCAUGGGGCCAGGGAUGGGGGCGGGGAUGGGCAUGGGGGGGAGAGGCAUGGGCAUGGCGCGGGGAGGAGUGGGGGGGUUUGGCAUGGAGGGCGGAGGCAGGGGGCGAGGCAUGGGACCAGGCGGAGGGCACAUGAUGAGGCCCAGUCCGCCCAUGGGCAUGAAGGGGGGAAUGCUCCCCCCGCACAUGCUGCCCCCCCAUGCGCACCCCAUGUUCCUCCGCGGCCCCCCUGGGGGCGCUGGCCCCAUGGGCGGACCCAUGGGCGGAGGCAUGGGCGGAGGCAUGGGGGGAGGUAUGGGGGGAGGUAUGGGGGGAGGGAUGGGGGGCGCAGGGGGACCCAUGGGGGGAGGCGGCAGGCGGGGAGGAUUCGAUAUGGGGGGCGGAGGGGGCUUUUCCGGGGGGAUGGGCAUGCACCGAACGCCCCUUUCCCCCUCCCAUGCUGCCAGCUAUGCGACUGGGGGGGAGAGCAUGGGGGAAGGGGAGGGGCGCGCAGGGGCAAAGUCUAGGCGCCAGGGGAGGGGGCGAGGGGGCCGGGGGGAUAUGGAGGAGGAGGAUGAGGAGGGGGUUGGGGAGGAUGAGGGCAUGGGGAGGAGGAGAGAGGAUAGGAGGAGGGGGCAGAGAGAGUGGGAGGAGGAGGAAGAGAUGGAAAAGGGGAGAGGGAGAGAGGGCGGGAAAGGGCGAGGUUGGGACGAGUAUGGGGGCAAGGAAAGGAAGAGGAGGAGAGUGCGGGGGGAGGAGGGGCAUGAGGAAGCGGAUGAAGAGUGGGAGGAGGAGAGGGGACGGCGGGGGGAAUGGAGGGGGAGGGACGGCAGGGGGGAGAGGGAAUGGGGGAGGGAGAAGGGGGGCCUGUGGGGGGAGAGGGACCGGAGGGGCGGAAGGGGAGGAGAAGGGGAGGGGUAUGGCCGGCGGGGAAGGGGCAUGGGGAGGGAGGAAGGGGGGUUUGGAGAGGGGCCUAUGGGGGGAAGGGAACGGGGGGAGGAGAGGCGGGGGCGAUACAGGGGGGAGGAGGAGGGGCGGAGGGCAGGGGAAGUGGGGUGGCGGAGGGAGGGGCGCGAGGGGGGUGAGGGGGGCAGAGUAUCAGGGUUUGACAAGCGGGGGGGGGAGUUUGGGGAGGGGAAAGAGGGGAGGCGGGAGAAGAGGGAAUGGCCCGAAGAGAGAGGGGGCGAUGAGAAGCGGAGGCGGGGCGUGGGGCGGAGGGGAGAGGACGACAAGGGAGGGGAGUUUGGGCGUGCCAAGGGAAUGCGCGGAGGGGGCGAGUGGGAGGAGGAGAGGGAGGAGUGGGAUGGGUGGGGAGAGAGAGGCGCGUCUGUGGAACGGCGGGGGGGGCGGCGGGGAGAGGAGGAGGGGAAGAAGGGCAGGCGGGGGGGACGGGAGGAGUGGGAUGAGCGCGGAUGGGAGGAAAAUGUGGGCAGGGGGGAGGAGCAUGUGGGGAAGAGAGGGAAGAGGGAUGGGCGGGAGGGGAGGCAGUGGAGGGAGGAUAGGGAGAGUGAAGGAGAGGAGGGGUGGGCGGAGGGGAGGCAUGAGGAGGGCGCGAGGGGGAGGGGCAUGAAGGAGAAGCGAGGGAAGGGAGGGAUGGAGGAGGCGAGGGGCGGAGGGGAGGCGGAUGGGGAAGGGAGUUGGGCGUCUGGGGGCAGGGAAGGGCGGAGGGAGGGCGGAAGCAGGCGGAGGAGAGGUGGCUCGAGUGAAGGAGGGGAGGAGCUGGAGAGUGCAGGGGCGAGGGGCGCGCAGAGGGGAGAGGGCAGGGCAGAGGAGAGGGCAGCAGAGAGAGGAGAGGGGAAGGGCGCAGGGAGAGGUAAGGGGAAGGGGGUUGCGGCAGAGAGGGAGGAAGGAGGUGAGGGCGAGAGGAGGAGGGGGCGGCGGGAGAAGCGGGAAGAGAAGGAAGGGGGUGAGGAGGAUGGGAGGGAGGGUCGAGAGCAGAGCGAGAGAAAGGAGAAAGAUGGAGAGGAGGGAGGGGAAGAGGAGGGUAGAGAGGGUAAGGAACGGGAGUGGGGAGAGGGGGAGCAGGACGAGGAGGAGGAGGAGGAUGCGGGGGGAGACGCGGUGGACUAUGGCAGCAUGUGGGACGCUGAUGGCGAGGGGGAUGUGGGGAUGCACCCCCUGGAGAGCGGUGGGGGGGAUGCGGCGGAUGGCGGAGGUGGGGAGGAUGGGGGGGAUGGACCGGGUGAGAGGGGUGGGAGGGAUGAGAGGGGUGGGAGGAAGGGAGAGGGCCGAGAUGAUGGCCACAGCAAUGGGGAGGGCGAGAGGGAGGGCAGGGGGGAUGACGUGUGGCGGAAGGAGAGGGGGAGAGAACGGGAGAAUGAGCAAGAGAAGGGCAGAAAACACGAGAAAAAGGGGAGGAAGGGGCGGGAGGGGGAGGAGGUAGCAGCAAGAGAGGCAGAGGAGGAGGGGCGUGGCAACACAGCCAUUGAGCGCCCUCCCACCCCAACUGUUGACAUUGACGAUGAUGACGUGGCAGUGCCAGCUGGCACGGAGGAGGGGGGAGAGAAGGAGAGGAGGAAGCACGGGGAGCAGCUGGGAGAAGGAGGAGCGAGGGAGGGGGAUCGAGGUGGUAUGGGGGUGGUCAUGGGUCCGGGUGGGAGUGGGGGAGGUGGCAUGGUGAAGGGCGGGAGGAUGAUGGCAGGCGGUGGGGUUGGAAGGGAGGAGUAUGGGCAUGGCCCUCCCAUGGGCUAUGGGCGAGUGGCUGUGGAUGCGCCACUUGGCAGGAUGGGAGUGGACGGUGGGGGAUUUGGCAGGAGGGGAGGGGAGGUGCUGGGUCGGAGGCAGGAGGGGGCGAGGGAGGGUGGGGUGGGAGUGGGAGAGAGGGAGGAUAGAGAUAGGGAGGGAGGGGAGAGGAGGGGGGCGUGGAGGGAGGAGCGGGAGGAGAGAGGUGAGAGGGGUGAGAGGGGUGAGAGGGUGAAGGAGAAGUGGAAGGAUGAGAGGGACAAGGAUAGGGGAUUGAAGGAGGAGCGUGGGGGGAGUGUGGGUCCGGAGUCAGAGAGGAGUGCGCGGAGAGGGGUGAAGGACGAGAGGGGUGAGAGGAGGGAGAGAGGUGAGCGGAGGGAGAAGGAUGAGAAGAGUGAGAAGGUUGACAAGGGUGAGAGGAGCGGGAGAGGAGAUAAGGGGGAGAGGGGGGGGCGAGAGAGGGAGGAGAGGGAGGGAGGAAUGGAGAGGGUUAGCGAGGAGGGGAGAGGCAGGGAUAGGCAUAAGCAGAGGGGAAGGGAGAAAGGCGGGGAGAAAGAAAGAGGCGAGAAAGAGAGGGAAUGGGAGAGGGGAAGGGAGCGGGGAGCAAGUGUGGGUGAGGAGCGUGAUAGGGAGGUGGCAGGGAGGGGGGAGGAGAGGGCGGGGAUGAAGGGAGACAAGGAGGGGAGGCGAGGUGAGAGGGAGGGUUGGAGAGGUGGUGAGGGGGCAGGGCGAGAGGGUAUGGGGCGAGAGGGGGUGGGGAGCGAGGGUGCAGGCAAGGACGGGCCGGUGGUUGACCUGCGGGCCAAGCUGCGCGAGGAGAAGGAGAAGGGGCGUGGUGGGCGCGGCCGGGACAAGGACGUACGGGACUGGGAGGGCGACGAGCGGGAGGAGCGGAGCCGCGAGCGCGGGCGGGGGAGGGAUGAGAAGGAGAGGGGGAAGGAGCGAGGCAAGGAGAGGGGCGGCGGGUCUGACGGAUUGGGCGAGGUGGGAGGGGAGAGGAGGCGCGGAGGGGAGGCAGGAGAAGGGGAGAGGGGCGAGAGGCACGCACACCGGGGCAUGGGUGCUGCAGAGGAUGGCAGGCGGGCUGGUGGUGCCCCUCACUCGCCCUCCCCUGCUGCUGCUGACACUGCUGCUGCUUCAGGUGUUGGUGGCGGUGGUGUGCGGCGCAGUGCGGUGCAGCGCACUGACGGGCAUUUGGUGGUGCAGGUGGGGGGGCGAGGGGGGGACGGGGCGGCGGACAGGCGGGGAGGGGGGGUGUGGCGGGAGAGUCAGGGCCACUUAGUGGUGCACGUGGGGGGAGGGGGCGGGGGAGGGGAUGGUCGCAGGGCGAGUGGGGGGGAGGAGGGUGGUGCGGGCGCAUAUGGCGGGGCGAGUGGUGCAGGGGGGAGGAAGCGCAAGUCAGAUGACGGUGGGGACAGGCGCGGUGACAGGGAGGGGGCGAGCGAGGGAGGGGGGGGAGUGGGGAUGGGGGGAGAGGCGGGCAGCAUGGCAAGUGGGGGGGCAGGUGGCAGGGCGGAGGGGGAAGGGGCGGGAGGAGGGGAAGGCAAGACGGAGCGGCCCGCACGCAAGAGGCGGUGGGCGUGA